AUCCAAUCCAGUGAACCGCACUUGCCCCAAGCUUGACUUGCCCGCUUGCCGCACUUGGUGGUUCUGUGGCGUCUGCUUUGACCUUUCUGCAAGCACGUGUUUACUUUAGGGGACGUUUUGUCCAUUGUUUCAUUGAUUUGUUGGGUUUGUGACUCCAGAAGUGAAGAAUGGGGCUACUUCUUCAGAUAUCCAAAGCGAUGUGGAGACAUCGGGGAGGAGGAAACGCACACCUCGCAGUGGUUCGAUGGUGCAGCUCCCCGGCGGAGCGCUUCCCGGAGCUGCAGGACCGGCCGGAGCAGCAGUACCACACGUCGUACAAGCAGGCGGGCAAGGGGCGCGUCUACGACAAGAAGCCCUUCCGCUUCGAGUGCAAGCAGGGCCACGUGUACCACUGGUGCGCCUGCGGCUUCAGCCACACUCAGCCCUUCUGCGACGGGUCGCACAAGAACCCGCACCUGAAGAUCAGCCUGCGUCCCGUGCGCUUCGUGGCCGAGGAGACCCGCCAGUACUGGUUCUGCAACUGCAAGCAGACGCAGCGCAGGCCCUUCUGCGACGGGUCCCACAAGACGGAAGCCGUGCAGGCCGCCGUCUCCGUCAUCAAAUAAACUCGCCACCGAGGCCGCCUCUGCCCCC